AUGGGGAAAAUGAGUGGGUCGGUGGUGAUCAACGUGAAGCGGCCAGUAUACCAGAUGGAUGAUCUACACGAUGGCAAUACGAACGGGGACGUGGACCUAGAGGCCACUGCCAAGCGGAAAAAGGUGUCCAAGCUGAAGUGGUCGGACGUAAAAACGGUGGUGCCGGCAAUCGACUGGCUGUUCACCAACUACAACUGGUCCGAUGACUUCUUCAAGGACUUCGUGGCCGGCUUUACGGUGGCCGUGCUAAACAUACCACAGGGCAUGGCGUACGCUAUGCUCGGCAACGUAGACCCGACCGUCGGCCUCUACAUGGCCAUCAUGCCCGUCAUCGUUUACAGUCUGCUGGGCACGUCCAGACACGUGUCGAUGGGAUCGUUUUCGGUCGUUUGCUUGAUGACCGGCAAGGUGGUGAGCACGUACGCCAAAUCCCACUACUUCAACGCCAACAUCAACCCGGACUUGACGGACGGUACGGCCGGUACGAUGGUUGACCAAGCGGUAUCGCUGCAGCCGCACCAAGCGGCCGCCGCGUACACGUCCAUCGAGGUGGCCACGGCCGUCACUCUGAUGGUCGGCCUCAUACAGAUACUCAUGUACGUGUUUCGGCUGGGCGUCGUGUGCACGAUACUGUCCGAGACGCUGGUCAGCGGGUUCACGGCCGGCGCGGCUGUCCACGUGGUCACUUCCCAGAUGAAGGAGCUGCUGGGCGUCAAGAUCGAUAACCACAACGGACUGUUCCAGAUCGUGCUUACCUACUACGAUAUCGGCAACCGGAUCCGGGACGUCAACUUCGCCACGACCACGGUAUCCAUCGUCACCGUCGUCCUGCUGCUGUCCUACAAUACGCACCUGAAAGCCUUCAUCAACAAGCGCCUGUUCAUGCCCGUGCCCAUCGAGCUCAUCACAAUCGUCAUCGGGACGGCGCUUUUCCAGUUCACCACGUUCUCGGAGGACUAUCAAAUCAAACUGGUGAGUGUAACCACUGUUAUGGUAUCGCUUGGCUUUCCGCGAUAG